GAUGUGCAGUUCGUGUUUGACAAGUAUGAUAUUUUUCGGAAUUUUAAUUUCAGAGAAGAGUUCCUCGUAAUUUGCUAGAAAAGAAAUGAAAAUAAUUUAAUUCAGUAUUAUAAAAUUAUAUAUGAUGGUUAUUUUUUAUCGUGUAACCGUCCAUCAGUCGGAUUAAUAAAUGGUUAAACAUGUAUCAAUAUUUUUAUUUCAGUUUCAACCGUUCAUUUCGUACUUUUAACUCAUUCAAGUAAUGUAUCUCAUACUAGUCUAGGUGAUAAUGAUAAUCAUGAGCGAGUUGCACAGGAAAAUCAUUCGUAAUAAACUACAAAAAAUGGAAUUCGAUGUCGAUCGUUUUGCCACAGUAGUGGAGGACUUUGUUAAAGACUACGCCAGUCAUCCAAUAUCAGAGGCUGUACGGACAAGUAUUGAGAGCUAUAUGAAAAUUCUGCGAAAAACUAGCGACGGAGAUGAAUCAUCAAUUUCUAAUAAUAAUACUAAUUAUAGCGAUAAUGACUGCGAACCCGUUGUUGCAGAAGAACAAGACGCCGUUCUCGUACAAGAGCGUUUUGCCAAACAAUUGGCAUCCGAUAUACGAGAAUUAUUUCCUUCAAACAAAAUGCAGAAAGUUGCUGCAUUGACGUUAUGCUAUCAGUUGGGAAUCCCCAAUACUACGCGAAUUUUGUUUGGUCUGUGUACACCUCUUCCAUAUAAACGAUGCCGCAUUAAAAAAAGAAGUAUUUUCAAAGUAACAACAGUGAAAUAAGAAGCGAUUUGUUUUUGUCUACCAUGUGAUUACUGUCGUCUACAUUUUUUCAUAGGUCUGCAAAUUUUUAAUAUUUUAACGCUGCUGGUCAGAUGUAUUAAAAUCUCUUCUCGUUUUGCAAUUAUUUUUAUGUUAUAGUGACUGAAGUACUGUGUUGAUAGUGAUUUAAUGUACAUUUUGCGUGUGCAUGUACUUAUAUGUCUUUUUCGCUAGUAACGAAUGGUCUGUUUUACCUUUUUAUAAUCAUAAGCUAACGUUUGCAUUUUUGCAAAUCUUCAAGAUUGUAUUUUCUUUUCUGUCUCUUUUUUCUCAGAUCCAUGCGGAUUUAUUUCAAAUAAGGUAUUUAUUUUUAUUAUGUAAGUUUUAUUUAUUGAAGUGUCGAUUGAUUCAUUUAUUUAUUCGUUUAUCAAUUAAAUAAUUUCUUAAAUUUUG